AAGUGCCCGGCGCGCGCCUCCCGCCGCCGCACUUUCACUCUCCGUCGCCGCGUUGGCUCCGCGUCCCUCCUGAGUCCGCCAGCCGCCCGCCGGUGCCAUGAAUGCCAAGGUCGUCGUCGUGCUGGCCAUCGUGCUGGUUGCGCUGUGCCUCAGCGACGGGAAACCGGUCAGCCUGAGCUACCGAUGUCCUUGCCGAUUCUUCGAGAGCCACAUUGCCAGAGCCAACGUCAAGCAUCUCAAAAUCCUCAACACUCCCAACUGCGCCCUUCAGAUCGUGGCAAGGCUGAAGAACAACAAUAGACAAGUGUGCAUUGACCCGAAAUUGAAGUGGAUUCAGGAAUACCUGGAGAAAGCUUUAAACAAGAGGUUCAAGAUGUGAGAGGCGCAGGUGGGGUCAGACGCCUGAGGAAGCCUUACAGUAGGAGCCCAGGUCUGAAAGCAGUGUUAGGAAGAGCCCGCAGUGGCUCCCCUGCACCCAGGCAGGGCCCAGUGCAUUUCCAAGGGCUUCGUUUUGCACAGUUUGCCUUACUUUCACCAUUUGAUUAUGUAGCAAAAUAUAUGGUGUUUAUUCUUCGUUUAGUUUGAUUAUCCAAUGUCACUGGUGACAGAUAGAAACUUACACUAAGGCCGUUAUUUUACUUGCUUUCUUGUAAUAUCUUCCCCAUGGAGCCCCUUGCCUGGCCAGAGGUUCCUGAGUGUUGUACCUCCCUGAGCUGUGCAGGCUGGGACCUCCGAUCAUCCUGUCCUGGGAUGGAGAGCCACCAGGAGGUAUCAGAGCCAGUCGGCCUGGGCCAAACCCUAGUGAAGGCUGCCCCGUGCACGGGGUGGAGGAGGGUUAGGUUUAGAGGGCCAGGCAGGAGCUUCACCCUUACCCAGAGUGAGGGCUGGGAUCUUCCCUUUCGGUGAGCAUGGCAGAGCUUCCCCAAGCUGAGGCAGGCAGGAGUGUGAGGCCAAGGUAGGGGGAGAUGCACCCCUCAUCCUCAGCUGUUCUCUACAUCCCAUCACGUUCUUCCCAUCAUUCUCUCUCUCAUCCAUCAUCAUGUGUAUCCAAGACUGUCUCCAUCACCCCGGAAAAAGACUCUCUCAAGACUAAAGCUUUAAUUUAAACUGGGCACCAAGAAGCAAAUCAAAAUGUCUCGUGUUACCCGGUUCUGAAAACACUGUGCACAUCUGUGUCUUGUUCGGAAUAUUGUCUGUUGUCCAAUCCUGCGUUCUUGUUCAAAGCCGAUGUCCUCGCUGUGUGCAGUCAGCUCCUUGUAUGCAAAGGCUCAGAGGCAGGAGAUGCCUUUUGACCAGGUUUCUGAUUAGGGCCGUGAGCCUCUCGGGUGGGCAACCUGGGUUUCUCCACUGAUCACAAACCCAGGAUGGAUCCGCAGAGCCCAAGGGAAUUCGGUUUGCAGCAGUGUUGACCUGGGAGAUACACCAGCCCUCCAUGCUCCCACAGGUGUCCGUAUCUCGGAACCAUGGGGAGUUUUGUCUCCAUUUUGCCAAGGGCAUGAUUCUUUUGGCAAUCACGUGAAAAUCAACUUUCUUGGUUUUUGAAAACCUGGUCCACAAAACAGUUAAUCCUGGACAUGAAGAUUCCUUCCCAAUUAAAAUCUAACCUCAUCUUUUUCCCCACUUGGCAAUUCCAUCAUCUGCUACCUUGUACAGCGGCCUCUGGACUUGACCACUAGUGUUAUCUUGUGCUUCCAGAUCAUCCAUCAGGGCAUUCCUCUUAGAAAAGGAGAUGUUUGGGAAAGUAGGUUAAAACCUUAACAUGUAGAGUGUUUCCCUUUACUGAGACUAGUUUGUAGACUUGCAUUAGACAGUUUAAAAAUCUCACUUUUUGAACAGGUAGGCACUUGAGGGGUUUUUGCUUAUUGUGCUUUGUUUUACAGUUUAUCUAAUACUUUGCCCCUUUGGUUAAACAGCCCAGGAAAAAUUUUUAAAGUAAGAAAGUGGACAAAAAGAAGGGCA